AACCUUAAAAGCCAGUGUGUCUCAAUGAAACCAAACCAAGAAAAUGGCUUCUGUUUUCUCUUUACACCCUUCAACUUUCCUAUCUCCACUCAAAACAACAAAACUAAGAACAAAGUUUCAAACUUUACACAGUUCCCAAAAACCAUUCUUGAUAAGUUCACUCAAGUUUAAACAACUUGACCCAAAAAUCCCACGACAAGUCCAAACAUUCUGGAACUGGCUAUGCGAUGAAGGGGUUGUAUCAAUAAAGACACCUGUAAAGCCAGCUAUUGUACCGGAAGGUUUAGGAUUAGUUGCUAAGAAGGAUAUAGCUAAAGGGGAGACAGUUUUAGGAGUGCCUAGAAGGCUAUGGAUUAAUACAGAUACAGUUGCAAAAUCUGAAAUUGGGAAUUUGUGUACUGGAUUAGAACCUUGGAUAUCUAUUGCUCUUUUCUUGAUUAGAGAGAAAUGGAAAGAUGAUUCUAAGUGGAAAUAUUUCAUUGAUGUUCUUCCUGAGUCUACUGAUUCCACUAUCUAUUGGUCUGAAGAGGAGCUCUCUGAGAUUCAAGGAACUCAACUUUUAAGCACAACGUUGAGUGUGAAAGAUUACGUGCAAAAUGAAUUUCAAAAAGUUGAAGACGAAGUCAUACUUGGUAACAAGCAGCUUUUCCCUUUUCGUAUAACCUUGGAUGAUUUCUUCUGGGCAUUUGGAAUACUCAGAUCAAGGGCAUUUUCCCGCGCUGGGAUUCAAAAUCUAAUGCUGGUCCCCUUUGCUGACCUGGCAAACCACAGUGCCAAAGUGACCACAGAAGAUCAUAUACAUGAAGUUGAUGGACCAGCAGGUCUGUUCUCCUGGGAUUUGUUACUUUCUUUUCAAAGUCCAUUGAAAUUGAAGGCUGGCGACCAGUUUCUCAUCCAAUAUGGCUUGAAAAAAAGCAAUGCUGAUAUGGCUAUUGGCUAUGGCUUCAUCGAACCAGGCUCAGCUCGUGAUACAUUUACUUUAACGUUGGAAAUAUCCAAGCAUGACGAUUUUUACAAGGACAAGCUGGAUAUAGCAGAGUCAAAUGGCCUAGGAGAAACUUCUGACUUUGAUAUAAAACUUGGACAAUCUCUCCCUCCCGCUUUGUUUCCAUAUUUAAGGCUGGUUGCCCUUGGUGGAACUGAUGCUUCCCUACUAGAAUCAUUUUCCAGAAAGGCUGUUUGGGAUCAUCUCGAGUUACCUGUCAGCAGAGCAAAUGAAGAACUCAUAUGUAAAAUCGUACGAGAUGCAUGUAAAUCUGCACUUUCUGGCUAUCACACCACAACUGAAGAGGAUGCGAAACUGAUGAAGGAAGGUAACCUCAGUUCAAGGCUUCAGAUAGCAGUAGGGGUAAGGGCAGGGGAGAAGGUGGUUUUACAACAAAUUGACAAUAUCUUCAGAGAAAGAGAAUGGAAACUAGAUGAAUUAGAAUACCACCAAGAAAAGAGACUUAAAGAUCUUGAUCAAGCCAAAGUAAGAAACUCUUAGCUGACCUCAUGAUCAGGCUAGCUAGUUGUUACGGUUGCAACUUCAGAGGCGGAUUCAGAAUCCAGAAUUUUAAAUAACUGGAUUCACAAUUAAGUACUUAUUGAUAUUUAGGAUUAAAUACAUACAUAGGAUUUGAGGAAAAGCUACUGAAUUCCCGUGAACAUGCAUAUACAAAUCUAGAUCCACUACUGGGAUCAGAGGUUUCUUUUACUCUUAUCUGAUUUAUAAAUAAUGAAAGAACAGCUUUACAUUA